AUGCGAAGCCGUUUAUUACCAAGUUUGCUACAAUCAAGAAAAUUAGUUUAUAAAUAUUCUAAACCUUUCACAAAUAAUGUAGUAACAUAUUUUCAAUUAAAACAAAUUACACAGUUUUCAACAAACAAUAAAAAAUACUUCAAAAAUGAUAAAAAUGAUGAAAGCCGAGUACAUAACCUAAUCGGUUCGGCUGGUAUUACUCACAAAAUUUUUAAGGAAGAAGACGCAGAAAUUAUUUUCGAUAUUAGUGAGAAACAAGAAACUAUUAAUUUAGAAGAUUUAAUGAGUGAGGAGGAACAUUAUGAUCCUUACGAAGGAAUUAAUUUAAAACGUGGUAUAAAUGGUGUAUUUGAAAUAGAAGAACUUGUAUCAUUAUUACAAAGAGAUAAUGCCAAAAAUAUUUUCGUGGCUUCAGUACCUUCUGAGUUAUCAUAUGUUGAUUACAUGGUUGUAGUCACAGGCAAAUCGAAUAAGCACAUGAAAGCACUUGCUGUUUUUAUCCGUAAAGUAUAUAAAUUAAAAAAACAUAAAGCAGAUUUGAUACCAAAAAUUGAAGGACAAACUUCAAAGGAUUGGAUAGCUUUAGAUUUAGGAAAUAUUGCAUUACAUAUUUUUUCUGAUUCUGCCAGAUCAUUAUAUGAUUUAGAAACAUUGUGGUCAGUUGGUAUUGAUUAUGAUGAUACAAAUAAAAGUACCACAGAUGAUAUUAUGGAACAAUAUAACGCAUUUUUAUCUAAUUUAGAGCCUAUUGAAGAUGGUGACAAAAGCAAAGAAAUAUAUGAAAAGUGUUCAUUAGAAUGACCAU